GCGUGCGGGGGGGGGGGCGGUUGUGGCGGGCUCGAAUCCCGCGUCGUCCGGCGAGCCCCGGCUGCGGAGAGGCGGGAGAGCCCCGCGGGGCCCGAGCGUCCGGCAGUAAGGCCAGUCCCAAAGCAUGUCCAGUGACCCUCCUCCACCCUACCCGGGGGGCCCAUCUGCACCGCUCAUCGAAGAGAAGGAUGGUUCCCCUUUCCCAGCAGGCGGCGUCUCGCCCGGCAUGGUGCAGCAGCCGCCUUCGGACGUUGGGCCCCCGCCAUACGAACCGCCUCUGCACCCAGGCUAUGUGCCUCCGCCCAUGCCCACGGAUGGCUCCGUGCCCUACAUGCCUCCUGGAGGUUACUAUAUGGCGCCCGGCCCUCAUGCCCCCAUGGGCUACUACCCUCCCACCGGCCCCUACGCCCCUGCAGGAGGUCAAACGGCAACCGUCCUCGUGCCGUCGGGGGCAGCGACCACGGUGACCGUCCUGCAGGGGGAGAUCUUCCAGGCGGCCCCGGUCCCAACCGUGUGUCCGCACUGCCAGCAGGCCAUCACCACCAAGAUCAGCCACGAAAUCGGCCUCAUGAACUUCCUGCUGGGCUUCUUCUGCUGCUUCGUGGGGUGUGACCUCGGCUGCUGCCUGAUCCCGUGCCUGAUAGACGAGUUCAAGGACGUGACCCACACCUGCCCCAACUGCAAGGGCUACAUCUACACGUACAAGCGCAUGUGCUAGCAGCACCCGCCGGGCCGGGAGAUGCCCCCUCCCCUCGCGCUGCUGCCCUGACUUCCCCAGGUCCACGGCUUCCUUGCUUGUGACUUUC